AUGUCCGUCUCCACAAAGACUCAAAGCUCUGUGAAGGGCUCCAAAGGCCGUCGCUCGACCACAGGCGUACUGUCGUGGAAGAAAAACGGAAAUCACUUCGCUGCUGCGGACGCCGCCGCAGCCGCGCUACCCGAGCCCAUCGCGUACUUGGGUGGGAAGCAGCGUUCGGCAAACAGACGUGCCAAGUGCCACAAGCAGUUUGAAGAGCUCGCACAGGUCAUAUGCGCUAUGAAUUCGUCCACCCUGCUGGGGACAGAAGUCGCAGGGAGCUCGACGAGGAGCGCUUCUGUUGCCUCGCCGUCACCUUCGUUAAGCCUGCCGACUGAGCAGUUGUUUCCCACGCUGCAAGUAGGGUACCUCGCGCGGGCCUUGGGUCUAAAUGUGUCCAAUCAGCAAGCGGCCUCAAUCGUGGAGCUCGUCGAGGAUGACGGUCCGUCGACCGGGUUUGUCAACCGUCGCAAGCUGGGGCACGUUCUAGUGGAUGCAAUUAUGACAGGAACGUUAGGUGGACCGACUCUUCAUGCGUUUGCGGCCGAGAAUCUCGCCGCAAUAACGUCCGCCAGCGACGACGGCCCUGUACGCCUCUCUGCAGAGCGUCUUGCCAACUUCGUUCCGUCAGUGUGCGUGCGGGAGGAGGAGGUCACACUGCUUCGAGCCUUUGAGGCACUGGAUAAAGAUCAGAAGGGCUACCUGGAAAUGGUGGAGCUCCGCGCUGCCAUGAUGGAAGGCGAUGAAUGCUUCUCGAGUGAAGAAGUGGACGAUAUGUGGAUGGCCAUGCUCGACCCAGAAACGAAUCGAGCAUACUACCGUGACUUUGCUGAGAUACUCGCCAGGGAGUGA